CCCGGAAGUGACGGUGAUAGCUCUCCGUUAGCAGGUUAGCACGUUAGCUCGGAUAGUUUUCCGUGAUUAUCGGCAGAAACCGAACCGGACCGGAGAGUCCGGAGAGUCCGGGACCCGGAAGGAGCCGGACCGGCACCGGAAACAGCUGCUGCACGAAAUGAAGCCGCGAAGAAGAAGAACAGACGUCCAGCAGCUGGAAGAGGUUCCUCCUGAGCUCCAGGACCAGGACCAGGACCAGGACCAGGACCAGAACCAGGACCAGGACCAGGACCAGAACCAGGACCAGGACCUGGACCAGGACCAGAACCAGGACCAGGACCAGGACCAGGACCAGGACCAGGACCAGGACCAGGAGGAGCCAGAGCCCCCACACAUCAAAGAGGAGCAGCAGGAGGUGUGGAGCAGUCAGGAGGGGGAGCAGCUUGAAGGUCUGGAGGAGGCUGAUAUCACCAAGUUCUCCUUCACUCGUGUCCCUGUGAAGAGUGAAGAUGAAGAAGACCACUGUCACUUUUCUACUGACGUCCCACAGCUGCCAGGGGGUAAAAAAGAGGCUCCACCUGAGCACCAGGACCAAGACCAGGACCAGGACCAGCACCAGGACCAGGACCAGGACCAGGACCAGGACCAGGACCAGCGCCAGGAGGAGCCAGAGCUCCCACACAUUAAGGAGGAGCACGAGGAACUCUGGAGCUCCGAGCUGAAGACUGAAGUCAGCGAUGAGAACGUAGAACAUCAGUCGGUUCUGAACUCUCUGAGGAUCAUCGAAGUCCCUGACGGUGAGCCCAGAUCCAGGACUGGCAGGAAGACCUACAGCUGCUCCCACUGUGGGAAAACUUUCGGUCGCAGUCCACACCUGAAGAUCCACAUGAGGACUCACACGGGAGAGAAACCGUUCAGCUGCUCGUUCUGUGGGAAACGUUUCACCCAGAAGGUGAACCUGACGUACCACCUGUCGGUUCACACGGGGGAGAAACGCUUCAGCUGCCGCUCCUGUCAGCAGAGAUUCACCUGGUACUCUCAGCUCAAGAGCCACCGGAGCGUCUGCCGGGCGUCUCUUCGUCCCGCCGAGGACAGCAGAGACACGGACAGCGGGGACAAGUCCUUCAGCUGCCCCGAGUGCGGGAAAGUCUUCAGCCGCAAGGACAACCUGAACAUCCACAUGAGGAUCCACACCGGAGAGAGACCGUUCAGCUGCUCCGUCUGCUCCAAGAGCUUCAAACAUGGAGGACACCUGACGCAGCACAUGUCCGUCCACUCCAAGGAGAACCGCUUCAGCUGCCACGGCUGCAACACGAGGUUCACCUGGCUCUACCAGCUCAAGAGACACACGUGUGGCGCCGAGUCGUCUGAGCGCCGCGACGAGGGAGACCAGAAACCUGCUGGAGAGGACUGUGGAGGACCAGGACCACUCGGGACCGACUGUGGAGGACCAGGACCAGUCAGGACCGACUGUGGAGGACCAGGACCACUCGGGACCGACGGUCCACAUCGUCUCUUGCGGCCCGUCGGCGAGGACGAGGACGGAGACUCGUCCGUCCCUGUGAAGACUGAAGAGGACGAAGCUUCAGAAGCUGCUGGAGAGGACUGUGGAGGACCAGGACCUCUCAGGACCGACUGUGGAGGACCAGGACCACUCAGGACCGAUGAUCCAGAGGAGCAGACCGGAGACUCUUCUGAGCUUCAGGUUUUGCCCGGGGACGACGAUCGGAUGGAGACCAGAGAACCUCCGUCAGGAUGUAACAGGAAGUUGUUCAGCUGCUCUGAUUGCGGGAAAAUAUUUGGGCGUAAAGAACAUCUGCAGACUCACAAGAGGAUCCAUACAGGAGAGAGACCAUUCGGCUGCUCUGAAUGCGGGAAAACGUUCGGCUGCAAGAGGUCGCUGCUGGGUCACAUGACGAGUCACACGGGGGAGAAACCGUUCAGCUGCUCUCAGUGCGGGAAGAGAUUUGGCCGGAUGGUGAAUCUGAAGACUCACGAGAGGCUCCACACAGGAGAGAGACCGUUCAGCUGCCCUUUCUGCGGGAAAGGCUUCACUCAGAAGGUCCACAUGACGCAGCACAUGGCCGUGCACACGGGAGAGAAACAGUUCAGCUGCAGCGUCUGUGACAAAAAGUUCACGUGGCUCUCAGGGUUCAGACGACACAAGUGUGGCAACGAGCUCAGCUGUGGCAGCGAGCUCAGCGAGAACCGGACGGAGCAGGACUGGGACGUGGAACCGGGAGAGAAACCAUUCCGCUGCCGUCAGUGCGGGAACGGAUUCAACCACAAGCACAACCUGAAGGCUCACCUGAGGAUCCACAGCGGGGAGAAACCGUUCAGCUGCUCUGUCUGCGAGAAAGGCUUCGCGGCGAGCGGCGCGCUGAAGAAACACCUGAGGACGCAUUCAGGAGAGAAACCCUUCAGCUGCUCCGUCUGCAGCAUCAGGUUCACGCAGGGUGGGAACCUGAAGCGCCACAUGGCCCAGCACGCCACAGAGACCCGGGAGAAACCCUUCAGCUGCCCCAUCUGUGAGAAAAGCUUCACGCAGGUGUCCAACAUGAAGCGCCACAUGACGCAGCACGCCGCCGCGCAGACAGGAAGUCAGACAGGAAGUCAGACAGGAAGUGAGCAGGACGACGAGUUCAGACCUCCGGACUGAAGAUAUUUAAUGAGUUUUAUUUUAUCAACUUCACAGACGCUGUUUCAACAUAAACACAACUUUAAUUUAAUCAUUAAAUGACUGAAAUGAUCAACAAACAUCAAUCAGACUUCAUGAACUGAACAUUAAUCAUCAGAUUCAGAAUAAUAAUCUGUAAAUAUUAUUAAUAAUAAUAAUAAUAAUAAUAAUCUGUAAAUAUUAUUAUUAAUGAUAAUAUUCUGUAAAUAUUAAUGUAAAUGAAAAUAGACCUCUGAACUCUGAAUGUAAACUUUUUUAUUUCAAAGUAUUUUAUUUGAACUGAAAGUUAAAAAGAUCAUAGAAAUAUUUAAUCAACUAUUAAUAAAUAGAUUCACAUGAUAAACUGAACAA